ACUGAGAGAGAGAGAGAGAGGGGGAGAGAAGAGAAGAGAAAUGAUAAUAAUAAUAAAAAAAAUAAUAAUAAAAUAAAAAUCAAUUUGAGAAUUUGACCUGGGAAAAUUAACGAAUCACAAGAAUUUGGUUAAGAAAAUCGACGAAGUUCUUCUUCACGAAGAACAACAAUUCAUGAAAUUCCAACUUUUUUAUCUUCUCAAAACCCCAACUCCUAUUCAGUAAAUCGAUUAUGGGCAUUCAGGUUUCGUGUGGCGACUUUGAUUAUUCAUUUUGGCGUUCUUUCUUUUGAGAAAUGUUCUGUUGAUUUGGUUUGAGGAUUUCGAAGUGUUUGUGGUGGAUUUCUAUCGGUUUGGUGAUAGAAAUUUAUUGCAAUCAUAGAAUUGAAAGGUUCACGACGGCGUCGGCUGUGGAGUUGCGUGGUUCUGAGUGUUUGGUAGGUCUGGAGUGCUUUCUUAACGUUGUUAGGGCCCUCGGAAUGGGUUCAUGCCUCUCUGGGGACCGCAACAAGCGGACGAUCCCUUACUCUGAGAUUGCUUCUACAUCUCGUGAUGAUGGCGUUAUUACGCGAAGGAACUCCAAGAGGAAGAUUACGAGAAAGGGUUCUUCUCCCUCCAAUGAUUCUUCAAGGGAGAUGUCGCUUCAUCGAAUUCCUGGCCGGAUGUUUUUAAAUGGAACAACUGAUCAUGCUUCGCUCUUUACUAGGCAAGGCAAGAAAGGCAUCAAUCAGGACGCUAUGAUUGUUUGGGAGAAUUUUGGCUCAAAAGAAGACACAAUAUUUUGUGGAGUCUUUGAUGGACACGGUCCCUUUGGCCAUAUGGUUGCAAAAAAAGUUAGAGAUUCUCUUCCUCUAAAACUGAAUGCUCAGUUGGAGUUGGAUGCUACCAGAAAGGAAGGGCAAGCCAGAUGUCAAGUCUCUCCACCAACGCUGGUUCAAAAGGACUCUGGAACCUCUCAUUGUGAUCCUGAUCAUCGGGGCAGUUACGGCAACAUUUAUAUCACGCUGAAAGAGUCUUUUUUAAAGGCUUUUAAGGUGAUGGACAAGGAACUUAAACUUCAUCCAUAUAUCGAUUGCUAUACCAGUGGUACAACAUCAGUUGCUUUGGUGAAACAGGGUAGGCAUCUUAUUAUUGGAAAUGUUGGGGACUCGAGGGCUGUUUUAGGGACCAGAGAUAAAUCUAAUUCUCUCGCUGCAGUUCAAUUGACUGUGGACCUCAAGCCAAAUCAUCCUAGGGAAGCUGAAAGGAUCAGACUUUGCAAAGGAAGAAUCUUUGCGCUUCAAAAUGAGCCUGAGAUUUUUCGGGUUUGGCUUCCUAACAACGAUUCUCCUGGGCUUGCUAUGGCCAGAGCCUUCGGAGAUUUCUGUUUGAAAGAUUUUGGCGUGAUAGCAGUUCCUGAUGUUUCUUAUCGUCAUCUUACAGAGAAAGAUGAGUUUGUGGUACUUGCUACUGAUGGGGUUUGGGAUGUUCUCUCAAAUGAAGAGGUUGUAGCAAUUGUUGCAUCGUCACCGAAAUCCUCUGCAGCUCGUGUCCUUGUGGAUUCAGCUACUCGAGCAUGGAGAUUGAAGUACCCCACUGCCAAGGUGGAUGAUUGUGCUGUAGUCUGCCUGUACCUGGACUCUAACAAGAGUUAUGCAAUGACAGCUAAGGAGCAGGAGUUCGCCAAUGACAUGGAAACAUAAUAGUUCACUCGACUUGGUUUUGUCGCUAUUCUCUCUCCCGAAACCUGAUUGCUGCUUCUACCGAGUUUUGGAAAUAAAGAAAUAUGUUUGUUUUUAUUAUUAUGCUCAUUUUUCCUCUUUCAUUCUUUAAAUCAUUGAUUGAUAUAUAUACACAUGUAUAUUUCUUUGAUCUGUUUAUAAAGUGUUGGGGAAGAAUACUGUUGGUGGUCAUUUGCCUCGUUACUAGGCUCUUCUUUUUGUCCUCUCUCCUUUUUAUAGAAGAGAUAUUUGGAAGCCUUGAUUUUUUUUUUCCCCUCAUUUUGUUCUACCUUAGUUAACACGUGGGGGUGAUAGGUUUGAAACUUUUAACCUCUUCUUUGAGGAUGUAUAUGAGAGAGCUAGUUGAUGACGUUUUGGAAGCCAUGAUUGAUUGUUCAUGUUUCUCAAGAACAAUCUAUUUAGCCUUUAUUGAUUUCUCUUA